GCCGGGUCGGCCCGCCACUGACCGGUCCUCCCUUCCCCGCGGCGCCCGAAACCAGCCGGCGCUGAUCCCUCGGGGCGCCGCGGACUCGGGGUUGGGACUGUGUUUGGAGCUGCGGCUCCGGAGAACCUCGACGCGGCGGGGCGUGCUCAGGGGCUGCCUCCGCUCUCCGGUUCGCGUGCGGGGCCCGGCUGAGUGGGGCGCGAGGUUUCGGAGCUGGGCCCCGCUGCUUGCGGUCAGGCGGGUUCCGCAGGAGCGCCGGCUCCAGGCCGGCAUCACUUCUUAGCGGUGCGGGGUGACUUCUGUUCAGCGUCACCGAGAUCCAAGUGUGCGGCCGGUCUGGCCUCUCGGCGAGCGCGCCCUUGCCCCCGCGGUGUGUGCCGCCUGCCGCUGCGCCCCUCCCACCCGCGCUUCAUUCAGAGUGCGCGGCCCCGGCCCCCGCGAGCUUCGGCUCUGGGAAAGGGCCCGCUGGACUUCGCAUUGCUCCGGGAACACGCCAGGCUGGCUCACGUUCUCAAGGACCGGCCGAAUUAAUUUGCUCGGCAGGUUAAUGUAGCUCUGGAUUUGAGCGUCUUUCUAGGCGAAAAACUGUUGGAGGCUGUGUUUCUGGGAAUCAGAGGAGAAGGGACAGCGAUGACAAUGUCAGCCCUCAACUGGAAGCCCUUCGUGUACGGAGGGCUGGCCUCCAUCACAGCUGAGUGUGGUACAUUUCCAAUUGAUUUAACCAAGACCCGGCUCCAGAUUCAGGGCCAGACGACCGAUGCAAACUUUAAAGAGAUUAGGUACCGGGGGAUGUUGCACGCGCUGGUGAGGAUCGGCAGAGAAGAAGGCCUGAGAGCGCUGUAUUCGGGCAUUGCCCCUGCCAUGUUACGCCAGGCUUCCUACGGCACCAUCAAGAUAGGCACUUACCAGAGCCUGAAGCGACUGUUUGUGGAGCGCCCGGAAGAUGAAACCCUUCUGAUCAAUGUGGUCUGUGGAAUUCUCUCUGGAGUCAUAUCCUCAGCCAUUGCCAAUCCCACUGAUGUUUUGAAAAUCCGGAUGCAGGCCCAGAGCAGUGCCGUUCAGGGAGGGAUGAUCGGCAGCUUCAUUAACAUUUACCAGCAGGAGGGAACCAGAGGACUGUGGAAGGGCGUAUCCCUCACUGCCCAGAGGGCUGCCAUCGUCGUUGGCGUGGAGCUGCCCGUCUACGACCUCACAAAGAAGCACCUGAUUCUCUCGGGCCUGAUGGGAGACACUGUGUACACUCACUUCCUCUCGAGCUUUGCCUGUGGUCUGGCGGGUGCCCUGGCCUCCAACCCCGUGGAUGUUGUGAGAACACGUGCAAUGAACCAGAGAGCCCUUCGUGACAGCAGGUGCUCUGGCUACACAGGUACCCUGGAUUGCCUGUUACAGACAUGGAAGAAUGAAGGGUUUUUUGCUCUAUAUAAAGGGUUUUGGCCAAAUUGGUUGAGACUUGGUCCUUGGAAUAUCAUUUUCUUCGUGACAUAUGAGCAGUUGAAGAAAUUGGAUUUAUGACACGUCGAGGCUGCAUGAGACGCCCCUGUGAAAACGCUAACUUCCAAACCAGUAAAGCUUCCUGCGUUUCACCCCGCUUCUCACUGCUUGGCUCGUCACAGAUUCUGAGGCCUGAGCAACAGAUGAAGACCAGGCUGGUCCAGACUGCUGAGUGUGGGCAUGAAUGUUUAAUGGCAUGAACGGCCACAUCCAAACGCCAGUCCUUAACCAUCAAAGUGCCCUUCAACAUCAAAGAUGACAUGACACGUAUUUUUCUUGCUGAAGAAAACUUGGCAAGAAGACGAGGAACCAUGUACUGUUUUCUUCAGGGGAGAGCAGCACGUGACGCCUCGCAGCUCCCUGGAACCGAGGAUGAGCGCCUCCCAGAGGGUGCUACUGUUCCUGAACUUCGGGGGGCUUUGGCUUCUUGUCAGCUGGAGCAGUUUCACACGUGGGGACCUGGACUUUGCAACUCCAGGUCCACACAGUGCGGGAAAUAGGUCCCUGGAAUAUUGCACUGCUUUAUAACUUGCUAUUCUGGCAGGAUCUCUCACUUAUAAUAAGUGAUUUUAAGCCUUGACGACUUGACCUUUGUGAGGACUUGUUACAAAGUAUUAAUUAACGUCUGAACCGGAUGGUGUGAUGUGUUGGCUGUGAGGGAGGCAAGGUCUGUGUUGGUGGGAGGAGUUUCAAGCAGCUUGGGGUCUGUCUUUAGGUCAUUUAGCAAUUUGCUGUAUGAUUUUUAGCAAAGUUUAUUUCCCCGCCUGUCAGCGGAGAUAAUAACGUCUGUUGAUGUUGAGGGUCAAAUGAAGAAAAUAGUGGUUGCGACGACUUGACGCGUAGGAUGUGUUUGCAUCGUACAGCUGUGAUCCCGGAGUAAACAGUCUGAGUAUGUGGGAGAGGGUCAUUUGAUCACGGGCUGGUCAUUGUAAUCCUGUUAAAGGCCUUGGGAAAGAAAGGUUUUAUUAUAUCCAUUAGCAGGAUUUUUCUAGAUUUCCCAGUUUUUAUGUUAGUUCGGGUCAUAUUUGUUAAAAUAUUUCCUGUGUUGGACUUCUUUGUUAGCUUGGAUGGAAAAUACUUGCUUACACUUUUAGAAACUAUUUCUUUAGUACUGCGCUUGUUGAUCUGGUUUCUCAUAAGAGGUAUAUCAUGUCUUCCUUCUCUUCUUCUAAAGACAAAAGUCAUUCUCCCUCUUGUUUCUUGUCUUCCUCUUAUUCUUUCCAAAAUCAAAGUGACUCUGAGAGGCCCACGAACUUUACACUUGUAGCUGUGACGCUCCUGGGAAAGGGAAUACAUGUACCGUAUUUGCCGGCGUAUAAGACGACUGGGCGUAUAAGACGACCCCCUAACAUUUCCACUCAAAAUACAGA